AUGUCAGGUAAUAGAGAAAGGUGGAUCUGGAAAGCUUCCAAAGGUGGUGACUAUACAACAAAAUCCGCUUACUCGGCGAUCAAGGCUUCUCGCAACGAGAGCACUUCGACAAUUAGCAACAGCGACACAUUGGCUAGUAUCUGGACUACAACAGCAACUCAUAAAGCCAAAGUUACAGCUUGGAGGAUUUUGCGAAGCAGAUUACCAACUUGUGACAAUCUGAGGAAGAGGAACGUGCCGUUGGGUGUGGAGGAAAUGACUUGUAACUCCUGUUUUCAUAGCCCCGAAUCGGUCGAGCACGUCUUCUUGACGUGUCCUAAAACUGUAAUGGUGUGGAACAGGGUCAAGACUUGGAUCGGGAGCAGACCGGCUCAUCCUCAAGGUAUCGACUCCCACUUCUACACAUUCACACAUUUGGAUAAAGGGAAGAAUUGCGAGAAUUUUCUCAAGGCGCUGUGGAUUUGCACCACUUGGCUUAUUUGGAAGCGGAGAAAUGAAACUCGUUUUGAAGGUAAACAGUGGUCUAUUGAUGGUCUCAUCUUGGAAAUUCAAGCUAGAACUUGGAGUUGGAACAAAGUGUUUAUGUUCUCGAGAAAGGAUUUUAGUUUUAGAGAUUGGAGCUCUAACGAGCUGUUGGCCAAAUUGUUGUAA